GGAAGCAAAGCGGAAGCUUGCGCAGUUAGCACGAGUGCUAGCUCACUGUGGCUAGCUCACGAGUGCUAGCGUUUGGGAGACACGGGGCCUCGCCAUGGCUCACAUUUCUGUAAAUUAUGUUUUGUUAGGGGGACAGUUUUUCUUGCUCGUCUCGGUGUUGUUUCUGCAAUGCCUGGAAGGGAUUCACUCUGAAAACUCCACUAAAACCGGAAGCAGCAGCGAGACAACAGCAGCCAACAUUUUGACAUCCACAGCAAUAACAACAACUACAACAACAACUACAACAACAACCACUACUACAACAACCGCAGCUACAUCUACAUCUACUACAGUCACAGCUCUGUCCACACAGCAAGAAAACGUCACAUAUAAUAAUGUCACGACAGUAGACCAGUUAAACCACACGGAGCAGUAUGAGUACAGCCCUCCAUCUCCAGUGGUCCUCUGUCGCUACCUGCCUGAGGAGUUUAUAUUCUGCAAAGAUCCUGUGGAUCACGAUGGAAACCUCACAGCCUUCCAGGAGAUGGGAUAUGGCUGUGUAAAGAUUGGAAAUCAAGGUCAAGUGUACAAAGAUGUGAAUCACACUCAAGUGCAAUGCACAGCACUGGAGGGCAUCGAGUGUGCCGGGCCUCGAGAGUUCCUCCGCGGGAAUGAACCAUGCAUCAAAUACACUGGUCACUACUUUAUUACCACGCUCCUGUACUCAUUCUUCCUGGGCUGCUUCGGCGUGGAUCGUUUCUGUCUGGGCCACACGGGCACCGCCGUUGGGAAGCUCCUCACUCUCGGAGGCCUAGGAAUCUGGUGGUUUGUGGAUCUAAUCCUCCUUAUAACCGGAGGACUGACGCCCAGCGACGGCAGCAACUGGUGCACAUUCUACUGAUGUCUACACAUGCUGAUUUCUUUAGCAUGGUACUGUAUGACCUAUAGGCAUGUGUUGUAAAAAACAAAACAAAAACACAGCCAGGUUUGUAUAUAUAUUUAUAGAUGAAUUGAUUUGAUCCAAAUUCUAAAGGAAUAUAAAGGAUUCUUUUAAAAAAUUCAUUAAAUGUGUGAAAUGUAAUUUGUAAGAUACUGCUUUGUUUUGUACAGUACAAACUAUUUGUUUUGUUAUUGUAAAUAAAAUGUCAUUCACUGUAUAUACAGUAUAUCUGAUGUACGUAUUCAAAUGUUGUAUAAGUAUUCACACCCAUAAACGUGAACAUUUUGUAGUGUUAUGCCCUAGUAGAAAUAAAUAGGAUUGUAUAUAAUAUAUGGAAAGGGGGUGAUUACUUAUGCAAGGCACAGAUUUUUUUUAAAAGGUCUGCUGCCUAUUUUGACCUUUAGAAUAAAUCCAUACAUGUUCAAUCAAGAAUUUUGUUAAAAAAAACCUCCUUUCCGCAUACAGUAAAUCUGGACUUGUCACACUUCAUGUGAUUUGUUUGAUAAAAUGCCAAGAUUUGCAUAGUAAUGCUUACAGCGAUAAGCUGUCAGUUAAAUGUGCUUUCAUCAUAUUGCAGAUUAAGCAUUCACAAAGAACUGGAAAUGCAGUGCAUACACACACUCGUCUUUUCAGAAAUUGUUGAAAAGCUGCAAAAAAAAAUCCUUUUAACAAAAAAGCCUUUUAUUUUAUUUCAAUACAACAAAUUUUUUUUUUUAAAGCUUGGCACUCCACAUCUAUGCUUUAUAGCAUGUCAUGAGCCCAGUAAUUUAAUAAAUUAUGACUCUUUUUGUUAAAUUCAUGUCACAUGAGGUCUCUGCUUUUUUUACUUAUUUUUAUUUUCUCAGUUUUGAAAAACAGUUUUCUUUCACUUAGAGAGUCUAAUUUAGUACAGCAGGACAAAAAGAGGACCGGGGAACACCCCAGUGCACUCAGAAACAAAGUGAAGAAGAGAUUUACGUUUAAGUGCCCUAAUGUAUUUGGUUAUAAAAAGCAUAUUCUCAAGCAAUACCUUUAUACUUUAAGCAAUAUCUUAUACUAACUGCCUGCAGCCUUUGACUUUAUUUUAAAAAAUACUUUAUUUAAAAAUCUAUAAAAAAAAAACAGAAGAAACAUUAACUUCUGUUAUUAA